AAGACUCAAUGACGUUUGAGACGACCGAGUGUCUGUGUGUUUGUCUGUGUGUUUGUCUGUGUAAGCGAGGCGCAGUCUUAUUACAGUACACAUGGAGAGUCAGGACAGCCUUGCAGCAGGCAUCCGUCCGACUAGCAAUUCUACGAGAUUGCACAACUCGACGCUCAGACCCUGUCCCGUCUGCCCUCACGGUGCUUCACAGCCUGUCGCAUGUUAUGGAGAGGGUGGACGAGUGUGCGCACAUACACACGCAUUACAUGGACGGCUCUCUCGGCCUCGGUCAUUGAGUGGUUGAAUGCCUGGGUGGGGACUUGGAAAAGAGGAGGCAUAGGAAACAGGCACAGGCGUAUCUGCUCCCCACUUGUUUCUCCACGGUCUUGUAGCGACUUGGGCAAGACAGGACAGGGAUGAGAGAGACAAUGAGAGAAGGAAAAGCAGCAAAUGUUACGGCCGCAUUUGGUCCCUCUCAAAC